AUGCCUUCCACACCUUCCAUGGCACCCGAUCUAGUGAAUGCUUCAAAUUCUUACUAUAUGCUUCUUCGAGAGUUGUUCUUCCGUUUGGUCUUUGGUCUUCAAGUUGAGUCUUCCCUUUCCAUGGAGAUAAUUGCCUUUUGGUUGUGGCUCCAAGGGAAUGGCCAAGUUGAUUUCCUUCGGCGCAUAUACUCUUUUGGUGACAACCAUUUUUGUGCCCUUGUUUCUUCUGCAAAACGUUUUCUGGAACUUCUCCAUUUCGGAUUUGAUGAUUUAGCGAGCAGAUCUAUACCAAGAAGUGACUUUAAGAAGGAAGCUGUUGAAGGAAUUUCUUUCUACCUCAAUGGUAUCUGUUACGAGGCCUUGGAAGAUCUUCGAGAAAGAAUAGAGAUGGAUUUUAUCCAUAAUCAGAGGACAUAUCUGCGCCAUAAUGCCUAUAGACAGUCCAUGACUGAUCGGGUUCCUGUAGGCUCGGAGCACCUUCUCACCAAGAUCAAAGCUUUGUAUGUCAACACUCCAAAUCAUGAUGGAGAAGACACAAGUUCUAGAAAUAUCCAUGUUCAAACAAGUCAUAUAAAUGACGAAGUACACGAUUAUCAUUCAACUUCCCGUUUGGUGACAUCAUUGGAUAGCUUGAGCUUAAGAGAGAAGCAUAAUGAUGCAAUCAUGCAACAAUCAUCUGAUGUUCCUAAAAGCUCGAAUCACCUUCUUACCAAGAUCAAGGCUUUGUAUGCUAACACUCCAAAGCAUCCUGGAGAAGGCACAAGUUCUAGAAAUAUCCAUGUUCAAACAAGUCAAAUGCAUCAUGGAGAAGGCUCAAGUUCAAGAAAUAUGCAUGCUCAAACAAGUCAUAUGUUCCGCCAUGAUUAUCAAUCAACCUCCCGUUUGGCAGCAUUGCUGGAUAAGUUGAGCUUAAGAGAAAACCAUAACGAUGCGAUCAUGCAACAACUAUCUGAUGUUCCACCUGAUGAGAGAACUUUGUUCGUGACAUUUUCCAAUGGUUACCCACUGACCAAAGAUGAACUGUAUGAUUUUUUUAUGAGGCACUAUGGAGAUAUUGAAGAAAUAAGUAUAGAGGUGCCAAUCGAAGACAGGCUACCUUUAUACGCACACGUUACAUUUUACUCGCAGUUGACACUCUUCCGCGUUCUAGAUGGGAACAUUAGAGUCAAGUUCAUGACCAGCAGCGGAAAACACAUACGGGCUCGACAGUUCGUCCCCAAGAAGAAGAAAUAA